AUGGUCAGGACCAAGAGAAAGGCAAAAGGAGAUCCUAAAGGUGACAAGGUGAAGGUGAAGGAUGAGCCACAGAGUAGAUCGGCACAGUUGUCUGCUAAUCCUGCUCCUCCAAAACCAGAACCCAGGUGUAAAAAGUCUGCUGUAAAGAAAGGAGAGAAGUUGCCCAAAGGGAGAAAGGGGAAAGCAGAUGGUGGCAAGGAUGGGAGCAAUGCUGCAAAGAACCUAGAUGCUUCCACAGUUCAGUCACAGAAAGCAGAACACACUGGGAAUACCAAGUGAAGUGUACGUUUUUGAUAGCUCUGUGCUUCUAGUGCUCUGUGCUACUGUUUCAAAUACUAUUUUUCUUCAGUCAGGUUUUAUGAAAACGUAGAAUUUGGUUUUUUCUUUCAAACUGAUGUUGUUAGUAUACAAGACACAUUGUUGUUG